AUGACAACGAGAGCAGGCCUGCUCGAUCGACCGCCAGAGAUGCUGCAAUCACAAUUGAGAAGAGAUUGUUCCACAGAUGUAUAUAAUUCGACGCCUCAAAGUGUAUCACGCUCACCACUGCAGCUGCUUUCCUCAUCUCCAACUCUGCCAUCAACUUCAUCAAAUUCAUUUCCCUCUACUCCACUCCCCCUGCCAAGUAGCGCCUCCGCCAUCCUCAUCUUCCUCUGCUGCUUCGCCUCCCUGGCGAUUCGAGGAGCCGACGCUGGAUCGCAGCAGGCGAAGCCUGCACCAGCUCCCUCGGACGACACGACCGCCAUCGACACCGGGUGGCUGCUCAUGUCGUCCUACCUCGUCUUCUGGUUCGCCAUGGUGGAGGCCGGCACGACGCGAGCAAAGAACAUCAAGAACAUCCUGCUCAAGAACCUGGUCGAUACCGGCGUGGCAUCGAUGGUCUGGUUCGGGAUCGGCCACGCUUUUGCCUUUGGCGAUGGCAACGGGUUCAUUGGAACGAGAUACUUUUUCCUAUACAACUAUGACGACUACCCGUACUUCAUGUUCCAGUGGGCAUUUGCAACGACCGCCGUCUCCAUCAUCAGCGGCUCGUUGGCCGAGCGAACCCAGUUCACGUCCUUCCUGAUCUCGACGGCCAUCGUCGCCGGCUGGGUCUACCCCAUCAUCGCCCACUGGGCGUGGUCCGAUGCCGGUUGGCUACGCAACCUCGGCGCCAAUGGCUUCAUCGACUACGCCGGUGGUGGUGUGGUCCACAUGGUUGGCGGUGGUGUGGGGUUGGUGGGCGCCAUCGUGGUGGGUCCACGUAUGGGCCGAUUCGACUCUGCGCAAAAGGAUGGGUGCUGCUUCUCGCUCAAGCGACCUAAGGUGCACGACAUCCCCGGUCACAACUCGCCUCUGAUUGCUCUGGGCAUAUUCAUCCUCUGGUUUGGAUGGUUUGGGUUCAAUUCCGGGUCCACGCUCGGCCUUUCGCUUGGGCGACACAGCCUGGCCGGCCGCAUUGCCGUCAACACGGCCAUGGCCAGCACCGCUGCCUGUCUCUCCUCUCUCAUGCUCAUCAGGUUCCUCACUGGUCAGUACAACCUCGAGGCCAGCUGCAACGGCCUGCUUACCGGCGCGGUGGCCGUGACCUCCUCCUGCGCUGUCAUUGAGCCUUGGGCCGCUGUCUUCAUCGGAGUCGGGGGCGGCUUCGUGUACUAUGCCGCGCGCGAGCUUCUGCUCUGUUUACGCAUCGACGACCCGCUCGAGGCCGCGCCCGUCCACUUCUUUGGCGGGAUGUGGGGCCUGCUCUGUAUCGGUUUCUUCGCCCAGCAGGCCUACGUGACGAGCGCCUACGGCUCCGACACAGUCUAUGGCCUUUUCCACGGGGGCGGUGCCGAGCAACUGGGCAUCCAGUUGUGCGGAAUUGUGGUCAUCGUGGUGUGGGUCACGCUGUGGUCCCUGCCCAUGUUCCUUGUUCUCCGCUACUUCCACAAGCUUCGUGUGUCGCACGAGGUGGAAGUGACGGGACUGGACAUCACCAAGCACGGAGGCUCGGCCUAUCCCUACUUUGUCCAAACAGGGUCUGUUGAUGGUUGA